AUGCGAUCAGGAUUUGCCCAACGGGCCGCUCGAAAUACUCAACAGGUCCGCCGCCUUUCAACGCCACUCCAGGAUGCCAAAUCAGAUCAUGAAGAGAAGAAGCAAGAGAAGGAACAAGGUGCCAUGUCUCGAAGACUGGCUGCAUUGAGUGAAGAAGGACUAGAGUCCGGAGGCCGAAGCGCUCGUAAAGCCGUGGAAGAAGCAGGCUUCGACGAAGGUCUCAAACAAGAAUUACUCGAGCGAAUCGCUACUGCUUCUUUUCGGAACGAGCACGCUGGAGCCAUAUCUCAGGCAGAGAUGCCCAACAGUGCAAGCCGCCAUAGCAGAGACAUAGCUGGCGCGACGCCAUGGUCUGGUACCGAAAUUGUCCACGAUGCGUCGCUUCGCAUGCUCAAUGACUCCUACAAACCCCUAAAGCCUAUACGUGGAUCGUCCACAGGGCCGGCUCGCGGACCCCCUAGCAAGAUCGAUACUGGCAGACCAAGGAACGCUCCUUCAUCAGGCAUGAGGUUGGCAAAUGCACGCGAUAAGACGUCUAUCUAUGCAGAAAUGAAAGAUCUACCCGAUGAGGAGAGGGAGAAAUUCAGGAAGGAACUGAAAGAACGCUUUACACCCGCGGCUCGCUCUGCACCGGUAACAUUAAAGGGUCUGGAAUCCCUCGCCAACGAGCGCAUAGAGGACGCAAUUGCUCGAGGCAAGUUUAAGAAUCUACCCAGAGGAAAGGCUAUCGAGCGUGAUUACAAUGCCAGUAGUCCCUUCAUCAACACGACUGAAUACAUGCUCAACCGCAUGAUUCAGCGACAAGACAUUGUGCCUCCCUGGAUCGAAAAGCAGCAAGACAUUGUCAGCACUUCCACUCGAUUCAGAGCCCGUCUGCGUGCUGAUUGGCGAAGACACGUUGCGAGGUCCAUCUCCAGUAGAGGAGGGUCUCUGGAAAGCCAACUAGCACUCGCUGAGGAAUAUGCGCGGGCGGAAGCCAUCGACAACCCGCCUGCAAAAAAGCGAACAGAGAAGCUCAACACCAUUGACAGUGCUGGUAAUCUUACCCAAAUAACUCUCGACGGCGAGAUUCUUCCAUCUGGUACUGCUACCACCAAGGACUCUCAACAUAUAACAAUCACCGAGAUACCCAUAGAUGAGGAAGCCCAGCCGCUAUCACCAGAGAAUGAGUUACAGAUUUCUGUUGAUGCACCAUUAGAAGCUGCGGUAGAAGAACCAAAGACUCCGCCACCCAGGGUCGCACCAUUCAGGGAUGCAGACUGGUUGCGCACUGAGAGGGCUUACCAUCAAACUGCCAUCGAUAAUCUUAACCAGUUGACCCGCUCAUAUAAUCUCAUGUGUCCAGCUCUGGCACAGCGACCAUACUUCUUCCUGGAUCGCGAAUUGAACUCGUGCUACGCAGAAGUUGCUCCGCAAGUGGCCGAGACCAUCAGGGAACGUGCGGUGGCACCAAAGCCAAGGUUCGAGGCAGCUCCCAGUAACAAACCAGCUCGGAUUCUGAGCAACUUGGCUGGUCCUGCUAGUAAGGUGUAUGAUGAGCAGCGGCCUCAGUUUGGUUUCCGAGAUCUCUGGAGAGAGUGGUUUAGCAAGAAGUAA